AUGGGUGAACCUAAUGAGACACCGGCUCCCGAGCUAGUGAAACCUAAAAUUAAACAUGACUGGUAUCAAACUGACGCUCUAGUUGUGGUUACAAUCCUUCUCAAAAAUGCUCAGAGUGAUAAAGUUAAAGUUGUUUAUGGUGAUCGUAGUUUGUCCGUUUCAAGUCCAAUACCAAACUCGGAAUCUGAAUACAGUCUAGAAAUAGAAUUGGCCCAUGAAAUAGUGCCGUCAAUGUGUACACAUAUUGUAUCACCAUCGAAGAUAGAAGUGAAGCUUCGGAAGAAGGAAGGACUCCGAUGGAAUCUUCUCGAAGGAGAGGGGAGGGAGGAAAAAAUUAAAGCUAUACCACAAGCUGUCAUAGAUGCUUCUGGACCUCAGCAACCACCAAAAUUAUUUAAAAAAGACUGGGAUCAGAUUGAAAAAGCCAUAAAGAAAGAGGAAGAAGAGGAAAAACCUCAAGGUGAUGCAGCUCUUAAUGCACUGUUCCAGAAAAUAUAUGGAGAGGGUUCCGACGAAGUCCGGAGAGCCAUGAAUAAGAGCUUUGUUGAAUCCGGCGGAACUGUUCUCAGUACAAAUUGGAAUCAAGUCGGUAAAGAGAAAGUUGAAGUAAAACCGCCCGAUGGAUUGGAAUUCAAGAAAUGGGAUGAAUAA